CCUCUGUUUCUUUCACUCUCUCUCUCUCUCUCUCUCUCUCUUCCUUUCUCUCUUUUUCUCCUUCCACCCCCCCUCUCUCCGUCGGCGUUCUUUGCGAUAAACGAGGAUAGGGCUAAAGACGUGUCGCGUGGUUGGUCCCGCGGGUGAGGGGGGGACCGCAGAAUGGACAGCACCAAUGCGAAUGGCGGGAACGCUAAAGUGGCGCGCGACGAUUCUAACCUAGACAGUAUUACCAGUAUGCCGGAAUUACAGGAAUCCGAAAACAAGACGACUCUCGGCGACGCCGUCGCCGAUACUGUUGUCGAUACCGCGAUCGAUACAGCGACCGAUACUGCGAUCGAUACAGUUGCCGGUACUGUUCCUGAUAACGCCGCUGACACCGUCAUGGACGUCGAUAUGGACGGUCAAGAAGUGAACGGUGAUUUAAAAGGUUCUGUUAAAAAGAACCCCGCUACAACGGUCAAGACUAAGUUGCGCAAGUUUAAAGCCAAUUCAACGAGUAGCAUCGAAAACGACAUUAACCUUUCCAUUACAAGAGAAGGACGCAAACGUAAGCUUUCCGAACCUGAUGACGCUAGUUCCGAAGAAUCCAUUGGAUUUAAUGGAUUCGAUUUACAAGGAGCUGAUGAACUCGACACAGGAAGUCAUGUUUUAAGAAAGCUUAUUGCUGAAGCAGAAAUUGCAGAAGCUCAACUUGCAAAACGCUGUAGGUAUAUGAUACCAAUGAAGAAUUAUGAUGGUAGGAAAGACGAUGAUCAAGACUCGGAUGAUAAUAAAAUGCGUAUAUAUGAAAUGGAUUCAUUAUUUGAUAUUGACAAGAUAAAAAAAGAACGAGAGUCUGAUUCAGAUUCUAUCGGCCUAGCUAAUAGUAUAGAAUUAGACAUGGAACAGCAAAGAGCUGAAGAAUCUUCCACUAAGUCGGUCAACUCGUCGUCUAGUACAAGUAGUCCUUCAGGAAUGUCACUAAAAUCUAAAGGGGGUCGGAUGUCGCGCGCCGCCAGUCCUGGGAGUGCUAUGAAACAAAAAUUGGCAAUAGAUAUGUCCGAUCCCGCUUUCAAGGAACCAUUCAAGUACGGUUGGAAACGUGAACUGGUGUACAGAGCAAGUAAUGAUUCUAGCCUUAAGCGAAUGGCAGAUAUUUAUUAUUAUACGCCAAAGGGGAAAAAAGUAAGAAGUUUUAGAGAAGUAGCAGAAUUCCUACAUUCAAGAGAAUUAACAAUUGAUAAUUUUACAUUCUUCAAAGAACCUAUUGGCUUAGAUGAUCCUGAUAAAGAAAUUAUUCGAGACGCGAAAAGGAUAAGGGGUUCAAUAGGACUUUCACCUACGCCGUCAAGGAGAUCUUUCAGCACUAAGAAAGCUAUGUCUUCGCGGAAACCUGUUGAAGAACAAGUUUCUGCAUCAUCACCGGCAUCAACAGCUCCACAAACGACAGCAUCAGCGACGCCUGCAAAAACUUCUGCUCGAUCACCGAAAACACCUAGCAGUUUCAAAGUUAAAGUGCCUGCAAAGAAAACUCCUCAAAUAACAGAAAUAAAACCAUCGACAGAGGAAAAAGAAAUGUUACCACCGCAACGAAAUGCGACGAGUACAAGAAGAAGUCAACAGGCAGCUGAGAAAGCAACACCUGCUAAAAGCAAAAGAUUGUCUACGCCCAAAGUUCAAGAACCAUGCAGUAUAAGAUGUUCAACAAGUAUGGGACUGAUUCCCAGUUUACAGUGUCGCGUAUGCCUUUGCUUAUAUCAUCCUGAGUGCGUAGAUGGCUUGGAAUUUUCAGGAAGUGAUGAUUAUAUUUGCAAGAAUUGUCAACAAGAUUCUACAGAAAGUCAUCAACAUCAAUCAAUGAAUCCGUCUUUAACGCCACCUCCACUAAUUCCGAUAAGCUUGUUAGGCACACAAAAUGUAAAACAAAAGUCGCAAACAGGUUUAAUUCCACCUAAAUUACAAAGAAUUCCAAAGUCAGAGAACACAGAUAUACAAUCGCGCAGUACUAACAAAUUUUCAAAAACAGCUACCUCAACAAGUUCGUCUUCGUCGUCAGAUAAAAAGGAAGAUAGUUGGUUUCCUCAAUCAGAGAAUGAAUUUUUGUCAAGUCACGAUGGAGGAGUAUUACCAAAACCGCAAAACAUUGCUUUGAUGGGAGGGAAAAAAUAUAUAGUUGUACCAAAGAAUAACUCUAUGGCGGUUCAACCCGCUAUUACAAUAAAACCUGACAAAAUUGGAGACAAACCGCCAAUGCUGCAAGAAAGUUCUUUAAUUGAUGUAUCUAAUACAAUGGAAAAUUCGACUAUUACAAAUUUAGGUAUUUCAUCUUCCAAAAAAAUAUCCGGUGCCUCCAAUGAUAUGACUGAGAAUAUCUAUGAUAGAGAAUUGUCGAAAGACGUUUCUGUAUCGUGCGGAUCUUCCGACGACACGAAUGAAACGUCGGAUAGUAAUAUGAAUAAAAAUAUUUUGAAUGUAUCUCUGUCAGAAAAUCUAACUUCAAAUGCAAAGGCAUAUUCGUCUAUGGAAACAAGAAGAAAGAGUACUAGAUUACCGUAUAGAAAGACAAUGUCUUCGACAACUCGAAAUAAUAGAAAUAAUAUAUUAAAUGUGAACAGUGAAGUAACUAGAACAAAUACAAAACAAAUAGCAAUUAAUAGAAAUGUAGUAAGGAUGCGUAAUAGAAGACAAAACAAAAACAAACAAGAGUCAAACAUACAGCAGCACUUCAUGGACAAUGUAUGCGCAGGUUAUCAUGCAUUGCUACGAAUUUUUCAAUAUCUAAAAGUGCAAGAAUUGUUACGCGCUUCUCGUGUUUGUAAAAUGUGGCGAGAUUUGGCUGCACAUCCUUCCUUAUGGAAAACUGUAAGAAUGAAGAACAGCCAAGUGACGGAUUGGGAUGGUUUAGCAGAUACAUUACAAAGACACGGUACACAGCAUCUGGAUCUCAGGAAAAUGCUUGUAGCAGGAGACUCUGAUGGUAUUUGGAGAAAGUUUUUACAUGUAAUACCCAGAGUUACCAGCCUAGUUAAGUUGGAGCUAUGUAGAUGUCCUGUUAUGGUAGUAGAAGAAGUUAUCAGAACUUGUCCGCAAUUACAAGUAUUGAGCGCAAUGUCAAUCAAAUGUGAUACUUUAAAUCUAAAAUUUAUUGGUAACAUUAAACAAUGCCAAGAAUUGAGAUUUAAAGCAAUAAGUGGAAUGUCUUUGCUGGAAGAUCUUACAUCGUUAAAAGAAUUAACACACUUGACACAUUUGAGUUUAACAUCAGUUAAAGAGCUUGGAAAAAAGAAAAUUGAUACAAUACAGUUACUGGUAAAAUUAGAAACAUUGGAAUUGGGAGAGUGCUCCGAUUUUCCAGACAAAUUUGGAACAUCGGUUUUAAUGAAAUUACAAAAAUUAGAACGUCUCCGGCUUGAAAAGGGCCAAGGAUCCUGUUGUACAUUUGACAUCUUAGAAGGUGUUUCUAAAUUGCCAAAUUUAAACCAAAUGGAACUAGUUAAUUUUGACGUAAAAAAUGGUUUCGAUAAGUGUCUUGCCAGAUGUAGAAAUAUCAAGAGGUUAUUGAUCAUACCUACCUACAUAUCACAAUCGGCUACUUCUAAUAACAUGGUACUCGGCGGUGUUACCGAAUUGUCACAUAAUUUAACACAUUUCGUUUGGGGCGUUACACUUGAAUUGCUAAGAGUUACUGAAUUAUUUGUCGAUCAGUGCAAUUUGAUGAACAAACAGGUUAUUGGUGAUUCUAUACCAGUUUUGAAACCAGUACCCUGUUUGAGAUUAAUCGAAGAUGUCGAGGAUGAAAAUGAUAAUCAAAGAGGUGAAGAUAGGCAAUUAAAUAUGGCGAGUCCGCAGGUUGAUAUUUUACCGUUACCGCAACUUCAAAAACUUCUUUUAACUGCAUUACCUAAGACACGUGUUAAAAUAUUGAAAAUUCCUUUCCAUGCCACAUGGCGACAAAGCAUUUCUGAUACAACCUCCCAAUAAAAAAAAAAGAUAAAAAAUAUAUAUAUAUAAAAUAUGUAUCAAAGAAAAAUUUAAAUGUAAAAGAAAACACACAAAUUAUUCGACACGCGUACGUGUUUCAAAGUUUUGUAAAUUUGACUUUAUAGUGUUUGCACAAUCAAUUACAAUGUUUAUAACUUGGAUGAGAAAUAAUUUA